GCCACCGGCCCCGCGUGCGCCUCCGCUCCGAGCGCACGGCCCCGGGCAGGCAGCGGACAGCUUGUCCUGGACACAGCGGCCGGGCUCUCUGGCUCUCUGGCUCUCUGCACGCGUUGGCACUCCCACCGCUGUCCUUAACCCCCUCCCUGGCUGCACCGCGAUCGCCCCCUCUGAACCCCCCUCCGAGUCCCCCUCAGCGCCUGGCUCCCCCCCAGGCACCUGGGACCAGCACAUGCCCAGCGCACGCGGCGCGCCGCCCUGCUAGAAGUUGCGGCCCGGGAGUUGGAAGCUAGCAAGGAAGCCAGCACAGGAAGGAGACUUCGAGCCAUCAAGAGGAGGCAGCGAACCCCGUGUUGGGCCCAGUGGCCCCGCUUCAGACCCAGAAAGUGGAGCCUCAACUUGGCCACGACUGCACCUGUUUGCACGGCUCAGCCGAAAGCGACCGGACUGCAGUAGCGGCGGCGGCGGCGAUCAUCUUGGCCCGCGGCCUCUUUGGCAAGUGGUUUGUGCACGCGGAGAAACUUUCCACCUGAGAGCUGGACCCGCGCUAAGUGCGUGUGUUUUUGCCUCUUUUUUGUUGUUGCCUUCACCCAACCCCCUUCUCUCUGCUAGGCACCCCACCCCCCAGUCUCUUUGGGCUGAUCCUCUCUCCACCCACCCACCCCCACCCGGCCGUCUAUGCUCCAGGCCCUCUCUUUGCGGUACCGGUGAACCCGCGAGCCGCCCAGAUGUACAGCAUGAUGAUGGAAACCGACCUGCACUCGCCCGGCGGUGCCCAGGCGCCCACGAACCUCUCGGGCCCGGCCGGGGCGGGCGGGGGUGGUGGUGGGGGCGGGGGCGGCGGCGGCGGCGGCGGGGGCACCAAGGCCAACCAGGAUCGGGUCAAGCGGCCCAUGAACGCCUUCAUGGUGUGGUCCCGCGGACAGCGGCGCAAGAUGGCCCAGGAAAACCCCAAGAUGCACAACUCGGAGAUAAGCAAGCGCCUGGGGGCCGAGUGGAAGGUCAUGUCCGAGGCGGAGAAGCGGCCGUUCAUCGACGAGGCCAAGAGACUGCGCGCGCUGCACAUGAAGGAGCACCCGGAUUACAAGUACCGGCCGCGCCGCAAGACCAAGACGCUGCUGAAGAAGGACAAGUACUCGCUGGCCGGCGGGCUGCUGGCGGCCGGCGCAGGUGGCGGCGGCGCGGCCGUGGCCAUGGGCGUGGGCGUGGGCGUCGGGGCGGCGGCCGUGGGCCAGCGCCUGGAGAGCCCAGGCGGCGCGGCGGGAGGCGGCUACGCGCAUGUCAACGGCUGGGCAAACGGCGCCUACCCCGGCUCGGUAGCCGCGGCGGCUGCGGCUGCGGCCAUGAUGCAGGAGGCACAGCUGGCUUACGGGCAGCACCCAGGCGCGGGCGGCGCGCACCCGCACGCGCACCCGGCUCACCCUCACCCGCACCAUCCGCACGCGCAUCCUCACAAUCCGCAACCCAUGCACCGCUAUGACAUGGGCGCCCUGCAGUACAGCCCCAUCUCCAACUCUCAGGGCUACAUGAGCGCGUCGCCUUCGGGCUACGGCGGCAUCCCCUACGGCGCCGCGGCAGCCGCUGCCGCCGCUGCAGGCGGCGCGCACCAGAACUCCGCUGUAGCGGCCGCGGCAGCUGCAGCAGCCGCAUCGUCCGGUGCCCUGGGCGCCCUCGGUUCUCUGGUCAAGUCAGAGCCGAGCGGCAGUCCGCCGGCCCCCGCGCACUCACGGGCACCGUGCCCCGGGGACCUGCGCGAGAUGAUCAGCAUGUACCUGCCCGCCGGCGAGGGUGGCGACCCGGCGGCUGCAGCAGCUGCAGCGGCCCAAAGCCGGCUGCACUCGCUGCCACAGCAUUAUCAGGGCGCGGGCGCGGGCGUCAACGGCACGGUGCCCCUGACGCACAUCUAGCGCCGCGGGGACGCCGGGGACACUGCGGCUUGUGGCCGGCGCCCCGGCGACAAAGAGCUUGAGGCCUGCGCCCGAACUUCCAGAGCCCGACUUUGUACAGACGUCUCCGCGUUCUUGUAAAAAGGCCGCUCUGGAGAGCGAAGCACCAGGUGACAUCUGCCCUCUCUCACCUUUACCGGGACUCCUAGGCGCUGACACCAGACUAGCGUCUUAGACUGAACUUCGGUGUUUUCACGAGACCUUUUGUACAGUAUUUAUCGUCCGCAGAGGAGGCACACAGUGUUUUCUCGGCUCGGGAGGACAAAAGACAAAACCCAGCGAGGCGAUGCCAACUUUUGUAUGACUGCCGGCAAGCACUGUAACUUUCUCCGGGCUUUACUUCCCGCCGGCUCUUCUGCCUGAGGCCGAGUGAAGGUCCUCGAGCUCUUCUCACUUGUUAUAAAUGUAGUAAGGCAGAUCCAAACAUUUACAAGUUUUUUGGGUCUUUUCUUUUUUCUUUUUGUAGUUGUUACCGCUCUUUUGGGUUGGUUGCUUAAUUUAUACCGCAGUCCCCUCUCAGACGGUGGAGUUAUAUUCUGGGUUUUGUAAAACUCUGUAUCUGAGCAUUUCCAUUUUUUGUUUUGUUUUGUAUUAUUUCUUGUAAACGCGUUGUGGCAUUUUUUAAGGUGUUGCCGUACGGGGGAAGAGGGGUCAGAUUGUGUACAUAGCCUGCAAGUCUUUCAUCGAAAAACGAAAAACAAA